CAGUCGGCCUUUGUAACUAGGGUACAAAGCGAGCCGUGCGGCCCUGUAGGCCUAUGACCGGGUGCCCGCCCCGGUUUUCCUAAAUGAAAGCAGACGACGUCACAACCGGGCUGUGGGAAUCUUUUAGUGUAUUGUUAAGCUCGAGAGGAGGUUACGUUGGGGGGAGGAGGUUCUACUGGGGGAGGUUCUGCGCAUGCGCGCCUCGGGUUGUUUUUGGCGGGGUUUGGUCGCUGCGCAGAGCCUUCUCCGGUAGCGGCAUUCCGGUGCGGCUGGUUUUAAGCACGGUCUCGUUGGGAAAGGGCCGCACUGUGUACGACAAGUUACAAAGGAAGUCCGGCUUACACCAGGUACUCGGAGUACUUCAGUCUCUGUGCCUUUUCCGGCUCAACCCCUAUCCGACGUAGAUAAUGGACGUCACUGAGGCUUCUACAGAGGAGAGAGAGAAUAGCAGUAACAACAUGGGAAAAAAGACUGCCAAAGCGUCCGACGGCUCCUCUUCCUCAGAAGAAGAAGAAUAUGUGGUAGAAAAAGUUCUUGAUCGAAGAGUAGUUAAAGGACAAGUAGAAUAUCUCCUUAAAUGGAAGGGGUUCUCAGAAGAACACAACACAUGGGAGCCUGAAAAGAACCUGGACUGCCCAGAGUUGAUCUCUGAAUUUAUGAAAAAGUACAAGAAGUGUAGAGAGGAUGAACCCAAAUCCAAGCCAGAAGCCCCCAAAAGAAAAGCCGGAAGUGAUGACAUUCGGCCAAAAAGGCAAAGAAGAGAGAGCAAUGACAUUGCACGAGGAUUUGAAAGGGGACUUGAGCCUGAAAAGAUUAUUGGUGCUACAGAUUCCUGUGGUGAGCUCAUGUUCUUAAUGAAAUGGAAGGAUUCUGAUGAAGCAGAUCUGGUACUAGCAAAAGAAGCCAAUGUGAAGUGUCCACAGAUAGUAAUUGCAUUCUAUGAGGAGCGAUUGACUUGGCACGCUUACCCGGAAGACACAGAAAGCAAAGAAAAAGAAGCUGUGAAAAGCUAAACUGCCCUUUUUAUGUGUAUGUGUGUGUGUGUAAUAUACCUCCCCUCAUGUAAACUUCUACACACACAUUCUCCCCACACUUCUGUCCACCCUGGUCCAAGUGUUAUCAAGAGGGGGUGGGAGUCUUGCCUUUCAUAGGUUAUUUUUUAUGUCCCCUUAAACUCGAAACACUCCAAGUGGCAUUUGCACAAGAUUUGACUGCCAUACGUUACAAGAUGGGGCAGUCAUGGUAUAUUUUCCACUCGUGGAAGAAAGCACUGUAGACGACUUGCAAAGUGCUGCUAAACUUUCUCUAACAUUUCUGUGAUUGUGAGGAAGAUCUGCAGUGGUGGGUGAGGGUUUUAUAUCAAUAAAUGGUUACAGUUUCUGGUAAGUACAUCCGGCAUAAAUUGUGAAAGGACCUCCCUCAGUUUCUAGUGACCAACUAUAUACUGUACUAGGAAGGGAACGUUGCUGCUUUCUCCCGUUCUUGGACGCUUGUACUUUGAGGGAGAAGACUUUGUGUUUUAAUUUUUUUUUAAUCUAUCUGUAUCUACCUUGAUCUGGGUCUCUGCAUAUUACUUGUUUUUAUAUCUGAAGAUAUUUGCUAAGAAAAAAAAACAAAAACAAGGAACUUCUCAAGUGGCAAGUGCAUCAACUCCGGGAGUAUUUAUAUAUUCAUAUCCAAAGUGUUAGUGGAAAAAAAAAAUCACGAGCGUGUGUGGGUCCCACCACCUGCACUUUAAAGAAGACCUCAUUAGUCAUUUGUAUGGAGGUGUUACGAGACUGUGUGGCUUUCGUAUGUGUUGUUCACUCAAUGUGCCAUAAUCCGUAAUAGUGAGGCCAUGCAGUAUUGAUCCCAAGUACAUUGCUGAAGUGAUGCUUGUUAGCGUUUUAUAUACAUACCAGGAUACACUGUUUCCAUCUCUAAUAAAUUGAAACCACCUUGCGGGUUUUGAUACAAAUUUCCUUAAAGGGGAAAAGCCAAAUGACACCUUUCAGUUAUGUCAGUGAUAACAUGGAUUUAUGUAUAGUACAGUAAAAGAAACCUUUUCUUUUAAUAUGAGCUUGAUGUUUUUUAUGCUGGAGAUCUGCAAAACGUAACUCAUUGUAUUUCAGUUUCUGUGGUUGUAGUGCAAGAUUACUUUUUUAAAUGAAGGUCAUUUUUCAUUGUAUGUAUAACUUCUAUAUUUUAUGUUAUAAAAUACCCGAUAGAUGAAAUGAA